UUUAUUCCAGUGCCCAGUUCGGUGUCUCAACUGAUCAACUCCUACAACUAUGAGGGCGGCGAUAUCAUAGAUUCGAUUCCCGAGCACGACUGGAAGUUGCUAGCAGCUUUGGCACGAAAGAGAGAAGAUGACGCUGAGAGGGAGAAGCUGGCUGACCAGUUCCGGAAGCUGUGGCAGAGGGAGAAAGAAGAAAGAGAUAUGGUGGCCGCAGAAACAUCCGAGCAAUACAAGAGGUAUUUGCACAAGAAGAGGCAGGAGCAGAACUCUUGGAUAGAGUACCAGCGCUACCACCGGUCUCUGGAACAGCAACUAAGAACGGGACGACUCCUGGACUACAUCAGGGACAAGGAGAGGAGAAGCGCUGCCCAAUUAGAAGCUACUGAUGAUAAAAAGGUUUCAGAAUUAGUGGACCGAGCGUUAGAAGAAGAGGCUCGUUCGCGCUUGGCCGCCGACCGGCGAGUUAGAUUGGACGCGGCGGAAAAGUGGAGGAGACAGGCGGAGUUGGAUGAUGCCCAGAGAAGAGAAGACGAUGCCAGGAUGAGGAGAGAUGCUUUGCUAAGAGAUAUGUCAAAGCGUGUUGCAAUAACCAACGCUCUCAGCUCGUGGGAGACCUCUCUCCUGCGGCAGGAGAUCACGGCAUUGGACGCCGAACGCCGCGCGCACCACGCUGCGCACGCGGCGCUGACCAGGGAACGCAGUAUAAGACUGUCUAGAGCACGUGCUGCCAGACAACGGCGGGCGAGGAAGUUGGCUGCCAUCACGGCGAAACUGAGAGAUGCUGUGAGGACCGGGAAAUUGUGAAAAAGGACUGUUAAAUAGUCUUUAAACGUAAAUUAAGGGUUUAUUAAAACGGUUUCAAAAACUUCUUCGAAAGGUCAGAGAUUUCGUGUUGUACCUACAAGAACAUGAACACUGAGAAGUAAAAAUCAUACGGAUGAAGUUCAAAUGGAGAAUAAACUGAAUAAGCGAUUUCAAGUCCAGCACAAAUUUCAGUAUGUUAAAGUAAAAUUUUCGCCUGCA